AUGCUUUUUUUAUACUUUUUUCUAGUCUCGUCAGCAAUUCUAGGAAUUGAUGUAGGAGCGGAAAAGCUUAGAGUAGGUUAUAUCAAUCCAGGAAAACCAUUAAUGGUUCUUUCUGAUGAUCUAAAUAAUAGAUAUUUUAGAGAAAUCUUAACAAUUGUGCCAAAAACAGGUAAUACAAUUAAACUUAUCAAUGAAACAAACUUUAGAAAUUACGACUACUAUUUUAAUUCGGAAAGUAAAGCGUUGAAAUAUCCAAAUAAAACUAUCCGCUUUUUCUCAACAUUUUUAGCAAAAAUUCCAUCAAAAGAAUAUUUCAAAAGUUUAUUUGCACGUAAUAUAUAUCCUACUCUCUCUGUAAUUGGAAAUUAUCGACUAACUUACAACGGAAUUCUUCCUGAAGUAUUAUUAUAUCAUGCAUUAGAUAGAAUUAAUCAUACAUUACUAGCACAUGAUCCUCAGAUAGAAGAAGAAGUUACAUAUUUCGCAGUUCCGAAAUUUAUGAUUUCCCAAGAAAGAAAUUCGAUACAAAGCAUUUCACAUAUGCUUAAUUAUACAUCCCAUAUAAUUGAUCAAAGCCAAGCAUUAUCUUUUGCUUUUGCUUACUCCCAUCAUAAUAAAAUUUCUAAAUCAACUCUGCCACUUCGAGUAGCAUUUUUGGAUAUAGGAGAAACGAAUACGCAGAUCACAAUUACAGAAUUUGCUGGCAAAAAAGAAAUAAUUUCAAAAGAAAUUUAUUAUGACUAUAACAACCAAUUAGGAGGAAGAGACAUUGAUGUUAUUAUCUAUAAUAUGUUAAUGAAGAUUUAUCCAUCAAAAGAAAUCACAGAUUCUGAUAAAGAAAAAAUUAUGCAAGAAUCAACGAAAAUAAAGCAUAGAUUAACGACAAAUGAAGAAGCAAUAGGAUUUAUAGAAACUACACCACCUUUUGGAUAUAAUAUUUCAAGGAUUGAAUUCAAUUCCGAAUUAUAUCCGAUAUUAGAAAAAAUCAAGAAGAUGAUUAUCAAAUGUCCUCGUGUAGAUAUUGUACACAUGAUUGGUGGUAGCUCAAGAGUACCUUCUAUUCAAAAUAUUGCUAGAAAUGCGUUCAAAGUCAACAAACUUUCUUUUUCAUUGAAUUCCGAAGAAGCAAUUUGCACAGGAGCAACAUAUUACGGAGCAACAAUGAGUAGUAGCUAUAAAACAACGUUUUCCUUGAAUCAUUCAUCAAUUGAUUUAUAUGAUAAAAUUAAAUUUGUAAAUUCAAGUGGAAAACAGGUUGACAACAUCAAUAAUGUUGGCCAGUACAUGUACGUACUCUCGGAUGCUCAAAUAUUCCCUCAUGGAUCAUCAAGAAUCAUGGCUGAAGGUUUAAUUAGUGAAAAAAGUGAAUUUGUCAAAAAUUCCGACGGUUUGUAUCGUCUUAAAAAUUCAACUAAGAAAGAUCCACAUAAAUGGAAAGAAUACUUCAUUAACCAGCAGCAAUCCAUAUACAAAUAUGUCUUCGAGACCGAAGAAAUUUCAAAAAUGGUUGAUGAAUUAGAAACAUUAAUUUCUACCUCAAAAAUUGCGAUGAAAGACAAAGAAACAAUGAAAGAAAUAUGUACAGAACGCGAGUACAACAAUAUGGAAACAGUUAUAAAUACAACAGAGAAAUGGAUGAUGAAACAAAAGAAAUAUGAAUAUGAUGUUCUUAAAGUGAGAUUGAAUAUGUUUAGAGAUGCAAUUUCAUCUGUAAUGUGUAGAUAUGAAAACAAAAAUAGUCUCGAAACAGUUAUUGAUAAUGCAUAUAAAUCAUUUGAUAAGAUUAAAUUGUUUAUUAAAGAAAAUUGGUCUUCGUCAUCACGAAAAAGAAGACCAUCAAGAAAAGAUAUCAGAUUGUUGUUGGCAAUAAUAUCAGAUACAGAAAUUUGGUUGGAAGAAAGAAAGAGAUUACAAACAAAGCUGUCUUUAUAUGAAAAUCCAACAUUGAAAUGGUAUGUUGUUGCAAUGAAAGUUAAUGUUAUUGUUAAUGAGUUUAAUUCCAUCAAAAACUCAUUGUAUCAUGUAUUAGAUAUCAAAGAACCUUCUUUUGAGAAGGAUCUAGUUUUGAAUAAUGUCAAAGUAUCAAAAUAA